AUGCAUCUCCUGCCAGUCAUUACAGCCGUUGCGCUAAUUUACACGCCUCUUGCCUCUGCCGUCCCGUCGUCUUCCAAUCCACAGUUCCCGGCUGCCUUAUUAACCGAAUCCAACUCUGCGGCUCUCCCUACGCAGGAAUGGCAUUCACCCAGACUAUGGACUAGGCUGCGUAACUCGAUUAUAGAGACUAUCUGGCGGGUUCCAAGCCAGCAACGCCAUCCGUCGAGGAUCAAGUCCCCCGCUUCGUCACGUAAAGCUCCGGCUUCUAUCCGAGCACGGUAUGGCGACGAUGUUGUGCUUCGAUUCACGAUCCAAUCCCAAAGCGAUAUACAAGCUUUGGUAGAGGCCUCUAAUAUCCUGUUCCUGGAUAUUUGGGCGUCUACAGAUGAAUGGGUGGAUAUCAGAUUGGCGAAGGAUGUGGUCCCAUCUCUCCUGGGACUGCUUCCUAGUUCGUUAAAAGCCGCCAGUGUCCCUGUUAUCCAUGACCUCGCCCAAGCAGUAUACGAAUCCUAUCCUCAACCUUCCUCUUCGACCCCCAACCCUCAUCGCGCCUUUUCCCCUUCAAUCCGCCUGUCUUCCGAAGCCCAAAAUAUUUUCUUUCAGGAUUAUCAGCCUCUCUCAGUGAUGACUCCUUGGAUGCGUCUGUUAGCCUCGAUGUUUUCCACACAUGUCAGCUUGAUAAGUCUGGGUACAUCGUACGAAGGACGGGACAUUACUGCCUUCCGGAUCGGCACCCACCCCAUGAAUCCUGAUAAUCCGUUUGGGCAACGCAAAACUAUCAUUAUUACUGGUGGCUCGCAUGCAAGAGAGUGGAUCAGCGUUUCUACAGUGAACUACGUUGCAUACUCUCUCAUCACGGGGUACGGUAAAUCGAAAGCCAUCACCAAGCUAAUCGAAGAGUUCGACUGGGUGCUAGUUCCGACUAUGAACCCAGACGGGUACGUGUAUACUUGGGAAACCGACCGACUUUGGCGAAAAAAUCGACAAGAGAACAAUCUACAGUUUUGUCCAGGCGUCGACCUUGAUCGCACCUGGGGUUUUGAAUGGGAUGGCACCGACAGUAGAAGCAACCCGUGCUCUGAGGAUUUUGCUGGAGAUGGCCCGUUUGGGGGAACAGAAGCACAACGAAUUUCACAAUGGGCGCGAAACCAGACGAUGAAUAAUAACGUUACCUUUAUAGGCUUCCUCGACCUCCACUCAUACUCUCAACAAAUCCUAUAUCCGUAUUCCUAUUCCUGCAAUAAUAUUCCCCCAACGCUGGAAAACCUCGAAGAGCUGGCCAUUGGAAUUUCUAGGGCUAUUCGACGGACAGACAACGAACACUAUGACGUGAGCUCUGCCUGCCAAGGGUCUGUUAACUCUGGGAAGAAAAAGCAAGGCCCUGCGCUGAAGCGCAUGGAGAGCGCUGGAGGAAGCGCCCUCGAUUGGUUCUACCAUGACCUACAUGUUCGAUACGCCUAUCAGCUUAAGCUGCGGGACAAGGGCAGCUAUGGCUUCUUGUUGCCCAGGAGCAACAUUAUUCCUACCGGCAAAGAAGUUUACAAUGCUGUCCUAGAAUUCGGGAAGUUUUUGCUUGGCAAAGAAGCCCCAAGUGUGGAUUGGGAUGCAGAAUUCCAGGUCUCUGAUCCUUCUCGCCCUAUAUCCCCCGAUAAUGAAUAUCAUGACCGAGACGUUGAACACGAAGCCCUCCAGCAGUUAGAUGAUGAAGACGGCGAGGCUGACAGCCAUUGGGUUUUACGAACGCAACGCUCUUGA